UUGGCUCCAUGUGAGCUGUCUUUUUGACCAUCAGAAUGAUUCUUCUGCAUGAAGGUGACCGUUCUAGUCAUUAAAAAUCAGUCGAAAUGGCUUCGUUGCGUGUCGCAACGAGGAUGUUCUGUGCUACGGCCGAAGCAGCAGCAGCUCCGGUCUCAAAAACCCGCUGGGAAAGACUGAAAAACAGCAAAGCAGGUGUGUGGUGCCGCAGCCUGGUCUCUGAUUAUAAAGAGGCAUGUAGGGAGAUGGUGGUUGGUGCCUGGGAGCGGCCGGUCAAAGCCUCAGUAUACAUGACCUUGCUGGGCGGGGCCUGGGCCUGUUUCUACACUAAACCAGACCGAUCGUCCUUUGAGGGAGCCCUGCUGGAGCGCUCCAACCAGCUGGCCCUGCUGUCACCGUGGAUCCGCAGUGCGAACUCUGACGGGCACGUGCAGAGUCUGGUGAAGCUUCGUAACGAGGGCCGACUCCGCCACGCCAGCCUGGGUCUUCUCUCUCUGGUUUACCACUCCAGCUACGAUCCUGACGCCACACUGUACGAAGCCCAGUGCUCCAAUCUGUCAGAGCCCUGGUGGGAGUUCCCCCGGCGGGUGCUGGAUGUGGGCUUCGUUGGCCGCUGGUGGAUCCUGGACUCAAAGAUGCAGGACUAUGACGUGAACGCGGACGAGUUCAAGCACUUGCCGGCUCACAUGCAGGUGACGUCGCCACCCACCAUUCAGGAGGUGGAAAGGAAUGAGAGGCUGCACAAAGAGUCCUGGUUACCACUAAUGGUGGAGGAGGAGGAGGAGGAGGAGAAGGAAACGAAAGUAGUGGACAGAAUGGAGGAGAGGAUCAGUGAAGAGAGCCAAAUGAAACCACUGAAAGAUUAACGGACUCAAGCUGAAGCGCUGUGUGGAGCAGGCAGGCAGGCAGGCAGGAACACACACACACACACACACACACACA